GUUCAACUUCGCUUGCACGCGACUUGUUCUCGCCCAUCCAUCGACCCACCACGUCCACGCUGCCUCCACGCGCUCGCCCACCCCCACUCAACCAAGGAAGCCACCUACCUUCACCCAGCCACAUCAUGUCUAUCACCACAAUGCGCCCCUUCAUCGUGUUCAAGGAUGACACGCCCCCAUCUCCAACCGGGAGCAUCGCGUCUCUCCUCGAAGGGGAAGGCGCGCUGCGCCCCACCUCACCCACGCCGUCCAACGGCGUCUCUGCUCCUGACAAGGAGAACAUCAAUCCCAUCACUGGCCGGAAGGCCGCCCCCGACACGCAAAAUGGGAAGAAACGGAAGGAAGGUGCCUUGGCCACAAAAGCCUACGCACCCGCACCCGUCAAGAAGACGAAGGGGUUAAAGAGCGACCGCUCAUUUGGGGCGGACAUCUCAUCGAGGAGCAAAAGUGCCGGACAGCCCCCGAAGCGUUUGCAAGCAGCCCGACGCAAUGGGGCCUCUGCAGCAUCGCGUCCCCGCCGGUCCCCCACCUUGCCACAGGUGUCCGAGGAGCAGGAGACGGACGUGCACUCUGACAAUGUGCGGGAAGCUCGGCGUCUUUCGCAGAGCCAAAUUGAUGCUCGUUGUUACGAGCUCACGGUGCUGCCUCUGGCAGAUCUGUCGAAGGCCUACGAGCAGGCGCCAUGCCUAACGGGCGAACACGCCCUCUCGGAGAAAGUCCGUGCCCAAGAAUUGAACAACGAUGUCGUCGAAACUUCUUCCGUACACGAUGGCUCAGACCGCGCACCGUCUCCAACCCCAUCUGUCUCCUCGAGGAGCUCGUCGCCCGCCCGCUCGGAAGCAGUUUUCUCAACGCCUGAGCGCAAACGGAUUUACUCAGCCUUCACCUUUUCGUCGCCGUCGCCCUCCAGCGCGCGGUACGCUGCUCUGCGGGGCCCAACGGACGGACGGUUCUCCGAUCCGACGUUCGAGCUCUGAUGCCCCUGACGCCUCCGACGCGACGAUGCUUUGUGUCACGUCUCGAUAACGCCUGCCAAUACCCGUCAUGGUUCCCAUUGGCGUCAAGAAGUAUAUCCCCGUGUAUUGAUCUACGCAUCUCGUCUGUGCAUCUAUCUGGUCGUGCUCGUGCUCGUCUUCCUUUUGCUGUACAUAUUCCUAUCUAACCCUUCCUGUUCCGUUGUCUCGCUCACCUCGUCUCGCACACUAUGCCCUCAUCUGACUCCCC